UCUGCAGUGCUCUCUCACUCUCACUCGCCUCUUCUCAGCGGCCAUGGAGCCCCAGCACGGCGAGAAGGAACUCCAGCUUCUCCUCCUCCCCACAACCACGCCUCUGAACGCUGCCUUCCUCCACGCCCCUCGGCCGGCGGCGGCCAGCAGCCCCUCUGACCACCCGCAGCUGGACCUGAGCCUGUCCAUCAGCAUUGGGCCACCGACGCCACAUGCGGCAGAGCAAGCAGGACGAGGCCGCACGGCGACGGCCGCUGAGCAGAGCAAGAGGGCGGCGGACGUGCAGGCGCUGAAGCAGCAGGCGGCGGAGCAGGCCCGGAUGGCGUCGGCGGAGCGGGCGUACGCGGAGCGCGUGAAGGAGCUGGCGCGGCGGGAGCUGGAGCUGGCGGAGCGCGAGUUCGCGCGGGCGCGGGCGAUCUGGGAGCGCGCCCGCGGCGAGGUGGAGAAGGUGGAGCGCGUCAAGGCCAUGGCCGCGCGCCGGAUCGCCGCUGGCGCCUCCGCCGCCGCGCUCGAGAUCACCUGCCACGCCUGCAUGCAGCGCUUCCACCCUUAGUAAUAAUAUAUAAUACUAUAUAUAAUCAGCAUCAGCACGCCAUGCAUGCAUGUUAUUGGCUUAAUUAUUUUGUUAUAUAUAGCUACCGUGACUAUAUAGUACUCCUGUACUACUAGCUAGUAUUAAUUACAUUCGUUAGCUGUGUUAAGAACUUUGUUUAUGAGUUAAUGCAGGCUUGCGAUCGCAUCACCAUAGGUAAAGGGAAAAGACAGAUCGAUGUUCUUCUCUUGCUUUCUUGCAGAAUACACACCGCAUCGUUUGAGCCAGCCUAAAAGGAGAAGGAAAGGGAAUCUAGACAGCAGAUUAGCUUUGGCUAGCUAGUAGGGCUCUGUACAGUUUGGAAGGAUAAGCUAAGCUGGCUGGCCUCACUCUUGGCUGCCUUUAAUUUGCUUGCUUGCUUCUGCUGGGGGACCUCUCACAAAGAAAGAAUCCAGGGUGGUUAGAUUGUAAUUCGUCAAUUCUGUCUGUGUUUUAUAUGAAAUAUAAAGUUCCAUUCUGUGGGC